AGGUUCUUCUCCUGGUCCCGCCAUGGCCUUCACGUUUGCUGCCUUCUGCUACAUGCUCUCCCUGGUCUUGUGCGCUGCUUUGAUCUUCUUCGCCAUCUGGCAUAUGCAGAUGGACUGCUGAAUCCUGUCUUGAUGGAUAGUUCUCCUGUAUUGUGCCAUGCGUUUGUGAAGUGGUUUUGUUCUCCUAUGUUGUGCCAUGCAUUUGUGAAGAAACAACCACUUAUUUAUGAAUAAAUAAAUUUCAAACCAGAACAGUUAUUACCUAGAACAGUCCCCCUUUCUUCUUCUCUUAUGCUUCUAAUGCAGCUCUCUAUUUCCUUUCUCAUUUCAAAGUGGGUGUUAGGGCCUUAAGGUAUGGUUACUGAACAGUCAAGGUAAUUUGGAUGUCUUGGCAAUACCUUAUCCAGACUUGAAUUUCUGAAGCUCUUCAAAUACGUUUGCUUAAGGAGGAAGGGGAGAAAUAAUAGAAUAAAUAGUUGGAAAUGGACCUUGGCUGUCUUCUAGUCCAACCCCCUGCUUAAGGCAUUUAUAAACAUAUUUAUAAACAUUCUCAUACAUCAGUAAAAUAGUCUUUUACUAUAGUCUUGAAGGGAUGUUCUCUCCCCCACUCUGAAUUCCAAAAUGAGGAGAAGUUAGUUUGAUGCCUAUUGUGCUAGCUGAACAAAUGUGGUACACUGGUCUUUCUCAUCAUUGCCAAAUACAUUACUACCAUAAUUUAGAAGACUGUAUGGGGUAUCAGGCCCACUCAGAUUUAUCAAGAGACUACUGAAAACAAAACACUGUUGUUAUUCUGAAUAUGGUAUAAUGUUGCCUUUUCUCCUUCCUGCUGUAUCAAGUGGCUUACUUAUGGCUGAUUUACAUUGCCAGUUAGAUUAAUAGCUCUUAGGUUGUCAUUGUAGUGGUGUUUUUCCUCAAGGUGUUCUAAUCUACGUCCAUUCCCCUUUUGUUUUCUUUAAUCUGAUUGUAAUUAACAAUUUCUUAAUUAGCUAUCUGCCAACUGUUAUUUUCACAUAGAAAGUUGGACAAGGCGCUCUUCAUAUCAGGAAAUGACUAAACACUAAAUCUACUUGCUUUAUGUUAUCACAUAGAGUAAGCAUUUAUAUGUUCUGACUGACAUGUUGCUUAAGUCCUAUAAAUAUCUUUGAAUAGGGACAUCUUGUUCUGACAAUUGAUACAGGCAGUGGGUAGGCUGAGUAUGUUCCGCCUUUGCCAAUUCUCGCAUUGAUGCAGAAUUCUCAGAAUAAACAACAUCUUGAAAGAAAUCAUUUUAUUUGAAAGUAAAAUCAUAACAGAAACCAAUCUUAUUUUUCUAAAAUUCUAUACUUGUCCAUUGUAUAAGUAUAUUGGAACAUCUUCCCAAAUAGCAAAUCAUGAUGUUUUAAUUUCUGCUGUAAGCAUGAUCUAUUAUACUUCAGCACAUUUAAUAGCAAUUGGCUACUCAAAAUUUUAGACAAAAGUUUCAAUUUCACAUUUACUACUGAAAAUGAAAAACUGUAAAACCACAGAUUUGGAAAAACAGGUGACAGUAGCAAUAGCAAUAUCAUUUAGACUUAUAUACUUCUCCAUAGUGCUUUACAGAACUCUCUGAGUGGUUUACGUCAGCAUAUUGCCCCCAACAACCUGGGAUUUCAUUUUACCAACUUCGAAAGAAUGGAAGACUGAAUCAACCUUGAGUCUGUCAGGACUGAACUCCUGGCUGUGGGCAGAAUUAAUCUGCAAUAUUGCAUUCUAACCACUGCACCACCAGAGCUGCAUCAAUUAUCAGUACCUAAAGACGUUGGCAAAUUUAAAAAAAAAUCACUAACCCACUAAGUAAGGGCAGACUUGUCCUGAAAGGAGGCAGUGGAAAAUUAUUUAAAUAUUGUUGCCAAUAAAUCCAUAUGGAUGAGUAGAUUUCGUCAACAGAAUCUGAGCAGCACCUAACCAACUUUGGCUGGUCUUAAAAAGAGAAGGAGGGUUAGAUCUGAUCAGUGCUUGGAUGAGUGAUUAUUAGAAAUCUCAAGAAUGUAAACUUGGUUGCCAAGCUAAUUACAUAAACUGUACUGUAAUCACCAGGAGUCAUGCUUGAUUCAAAGCAAACUUAAUUAUUUAAAGGCAGCAAGUCAUUUAUUUAAUACAAUAUUUUUACUCAUUGUACUAUUGAGAUAUUGAAAUACUUCAAGUCACCUCCAGAGGAUAAAGGGGAAAGGAGCAAACAUAUGACAGAUAAGAAAUGAAGAACUGCUUGAAAUGGUUAAAAUGUACCCAAGAGUUAAUGGGAUUUAUAUCCACUACACUAGUAGAUUAACAUAGGCUCUACACAGUUUCUCCUUUUGAUGCUAGGAAGGCUAUAAUGACCCACAAAUUAAGCCUUUCCAUUUUGUUUUCUAUUAUAGCAAUUCAGGGAAUUUGAAUGACAAAAAAGCUCUGCCUCUUUUAGCUACUGAAUUUUUCUUGCAGUCAAGGAAGUAACUAUAAUAACUGAAUGCUUCAAAAUGUCACUAUAAAGUAUCUAUGGGAAUGAAAGCUGGACAUAAUAGGAAAGACACGAGCAUCAUGGAAAGUAAGCAGAGACCUGUAAGAAUUUUUUGGUUGAAAGAUGUGUUCUUAAUCGGUGCUCUAGAGUUUGAAAAUCUGUUUGCUUGAUCUCCAUUUGGUUCAUGUGUGCUACCAAGAAAAAGCAAACUCACUGCUAGAGAACAUUAGGGGAAAAUGUAGCAACAGUAAAUCAACUCUUAAAGUGAAAACUCAUUUUAUAAUGUAAUUUAUAAUGGGACAGAUGUUCCAUUACUGCUUUUGGAUUGUUGUGAAAAAUAAUCUAUGAUUGUAUACCCAUACUGAUAUUUAAAUAGUACAGAAUAAUGUGCUCUUGAAAUAAUCUGCUGGUUGAACUGAAACAAAGUAAACACUUAACUUUCUUUAAAUAAUUUUGUUUAGUAAUGUGUUGUCUGACUUCUACAUCACAUUUACAGUAGAAUUUUAGCACUAAUAAGACAGUAUGCAAAAUCUCAUAAAAUAAUUAUAGAUAUGGAAUAUAACAACCCAAUUAAACUCAUACUGUCACCCAUGAAUACCAAACAGUAACGGUUAAAAGCUGCACUUAGACCUUAUAAGUAUAAUUUUAUAAAAACUAGAUGCAUGUGCUAUAAAUGGAGACAUUUUCUGCUUUAAGUGGGGUGACAUUAGUUUACCUAUGCAGGACCAAAGUAAAGACAUAAUUUUGAAAAAAAAAGGCACUUUAGACAGUUUAUAAUUGUGUGUGUGAGAGAGAGAGAGAGAAGAGAGAGAGAGAGUUAAAAGUAUUAGUUUUGCAAUGCUGUAUCCCCUAAUUUGUUAGCUGUCAAGCUAUCCUAAUUUUUGAAAUUUUCUUUCUCAAGUUUUCUGCUUUCAAGUUCCUUGUCUCAUCUGAGCUCUGAACAUAUUUCCAAUUACUCUUCUGUACUGUAACAUAAACAUAUCCCUUUCUCAUUACAGGUAGUCCUUGACUUAUGACUGUUUGCUCAACAACAUUUUGAAUUAACAACAGCCUUGUAAGGGGUGCUUUACAGCCUUUACAGCUUGUAAAGCACUCCUGACUGUUGCAAAAUGUCACAAAGCCCCCUCCCCCCGCAGUCAUGUGAUUGUGAUCUGGGUGCUUAGCAACCUGUUUGCACUUACAAUUGCUUGGCAAGCGUCCCAUAAUCAUAUGCUCACCAUUUGCAAACUUCCUGACUGUUUCCCCAGAAAAUCAAUGGUUGCAAGCUGCUGCCUGCCACCUGCCCUUCUUGUCUCUGAGGGCUGGCUAAAAGAGCUUCCUGCCAGAGGAUUAUCACUUUGUGCCUGCUUGCAUGGUGCUGAAAUCCUUCAUGCCUGCUUGCACAGAACUGAAAUCCUUCAGCAUGGAGUUCUUUCAGUCAGUCCUCAAGACAAGAGGGAGCUGAAAUGCAAGCAGAAUUUUCAGCCCCUGAGCAGAGAGGCAGUGCAGUAAGGGUAAGAUCUGCCCCCCAUCCUACCCUUCUGCAAGAGCCUGAAAAGCUGCUGCUUGGCCUGAGGUCCAAAUGAGGAAGUUCCACACUAGAGGUGGCUGCUGGCAGACCAGUAUAAUUGCAUUUGAUGAGUUAAAGACAGACUUCAAGAGUCCUAUAGACCAGUGCAACCCAACACAUGCGAGAGAGCGGUUGAGAAACAUUGAACGGAUCUGCUUUCUUCUGAGAAAGUUAGUGUUGCCAGAAUAUUCCAUCCAUAGCCUUUUCUGCAUAAUGUUUCUGUGUGCUCAAGAAUGGUUAACUCUGGGCUUGAAUAUUCCCCUGCUUUUCUAUCAUUUUUGGAGGUAUUUCCAUUGUCCAGCAGACAGCACAGAGCUAGCCUAUGAUCCACCUGCAGUUAUGAAUGCAGAUACCUUGCGUUAUUGUCAAAGGGAAGCCUGGUGUAAGCUAGCUUUCUAUCUCCUCUCAUUCUUCUACUAUUUGUACUGCAUGAUCUACGCUUUAGUGACUUCCUAAUUCAAAGAUUAUGUAAAAGACUGAAAACAAAGGUGACCGUAUAAAGAUCCACCCUACAAUGAUGCCUAAUACUAAAACGCAGCAAAGAAAUGGAAACUUUAAAUCCAGGAACCGUACAGGAUAUAAAAAAGCGAGAGAUAAAGCCCUAUAAGAAUAACAGGUGACAGCACAAGUGGAAAAAAAUCAAGUGAUGGAUGGCUGAGCAACCUCAUUUUCUUCUUUCCUCCCUUUGUUUUAAAACUUGCAUUUUUUUUAUAUCCUUGGAUAAAACAAACUAGAUAUUUAUAAUGUGUGAAGUAGACAGUUUCAUCUGCAUGUGAUGGAGUAUGACUUUUAUUAUGUUAAUUUGUCUUCAGAGUGCAGGUUCUGCCACCAACAAGAUUGUUUCUAUAGCCUUUUUUCCCAGAGGGACUUGAAAGCAAGGCAACUAUCCUCUGGACCUGCGGUCAAGUAGAUGCAGAUAAUAGAUGUGUGCAAUAUUCUGCAUUCAAUCAUAUGCUAGAGAAAAGUUGAGAAACAUUUGGCUUUUUGUGAUUUCGGUGACUGAAGAAAACAUAUCUUGGGAGAAAACAGGGCCAAAAUACAUUCAAACUGCACUCAGUUAUUCUUCGUGGUUGAUGCUAAUGUUCCAACUAUGCUGAAUUAGGGUAGGUAGUGUGGUAAAAUAAUAUUAUGUUAUAUAUAAUUAUACAAUUAUGUCAAGCAUUCUAUAAUAUUGCAUUCCUCUUACUGGAGGAAAAACAUGUCCUAGUAAUGUAAUGAAUGCCUCAACAAUGUUUUACACCCUGCAGUACAUAUUAAAAGGUCCAAUUUACUUUUGUCUGGAGCUCUGUCUUAUCAAAGUAAUUGUUUCAGUUGAAUUAAAUCAACAGCCUUCCCUCCUUCCUUCCUCCCUCCCUCCCUCCCUCCCUCCCUUCCUAUGUAUCCAGUAGACCUACAACAUGGUAGAUGUUGUAGAACAAAAUGCUGAUUGUUUUUCAUUUUGUGUAGUAUCUUUCAAAUUUUGUUUUGAGAUAUGCUCACAAAGACAGUAAAGAUCUGUGCUGAUAUAUUUAACGCUACAUUCCCAAACAUUGGUUGUGGAUAAAACCAGUGAAAUUUUCUUCUGAAUUAAUACAACUAAGAGUUCUCCCUAUGCAAAGAACUGCCAUAGCUUAUGAAUUUUGAAGAGAGAAAAGAUAAAUAGUAUAAUAGCCUAAAAUCUCAGCAGGUGUGACACAUUUGCAUUAAUUGAUAUUUUAUGUUGAACAGAGUGGAACAGCUUAUUCCUUCAGCCUCUGUUUUUUCCCAUCAAUGUGCCAGCUGCAAACUGAAAACAUGACUUCCUAGAAAGAAGGAGAAACUGGUAGUGCAACACGUAUGUUUUUAAAAAAUAUUUAUUUAUUUAUUUAUUUAAAUAUCUAUGUACCUGCCAAUUGUAUGCAACAUAACCACAAGCAGCUCACAAACAAUAGUAACUAUAAUAAAAACAAAGACUAAAAUACAAUUUUGCUAAAGUACAAACAAAUGUAGAAAGAAAUUAUGGAACGAAAUAUAAGAUAACAUAUAUUACACUUAUUUAUUUAUUUAUUUAUUUACAAAUAUUUAUAUGCCGCCCUUUUCCCAAAGGACUCAGGGCAGCGAACACAAGUUAAAAAACAUACAAUAAUAAAGGAAAAUCCUAAUUAAAAACCAAUUAAAACAGGGACAAAUAAGUAAUAAAACCCAAGAAUCAGCCCAUUUGUUGAAACAGCCAAGUCUUUAGGCCUCGACAGAAGGAACGGAGAUCAGGGGCCGACUGGAGCUUGGUGGGUAACUCAUUCCAGAGGGCAGGAGCGCCCACAGAGAAUGCUCUACCCCUGGACAUCGCCAGCCGACAUUGUCUGGUCGAUGGUACCCUGAGGAGGGCAGCCCUGUGUGAGCGGAUAGGAUGGUGGGAGGCGGGUAGGAGAUGGUCCUGCAAAUACCCCGGACCUAAGCCAUGUGUAAAUAUAUGCCUGUGUAAAACACAAUACCAUUAUAUGAUAUUGCAUACCAUUAUUAUUUGUAUAAAACAAUACCAUUAAAAGCAGCUCAAUUUGAACAAACUGAACCUUGACUGCACAGUCAUAUAAUCCUUUGUUUAUAUCUUCAAAGAACCAGUUUAAAGGUGGAAAGCGAACACAUUUAUUCAGCUCACAAUUUUAUACCUGGGCUUGCAGUGUCUAUCUAAUUGUGAAUUUUAUUUAUUUAUUUUAUUUUAUUCAAUUUAUAUCCCGCCCUUCUCCAAGUGGACUCAGGGCGGAGCACAGCCAGAACUAAAACACAUAUCAAUGCAAAAUUUAAAAUUAUUAAAAGAAUUAAAUAACUGUGACCCAAAAAUUUAAAACAUUGAAAACUAAAACCCCUUUGACAAUUUAAAAAGCUAAAAACUAAAAAGGGUGGGGGGGUUCACGCCAGCCCUGCUUGAUGGAAAAGAAAAGUUUUUAGGGCACGGCGAAAAACCCGGAGAUCCGAUAUCCUUUGUAUCUCCGGGGGCAAAUCAUUCCAGAGGGCAGGAGCUGCCACAGAGAAGGCCCUCCCCCUGGGGGUCACCAGCUGACAUUGCCUGGCUGACGGCACCCUGAGGAGUCCCUCUCUGUGGGAGCGCACUGGUCAGUGGGAGGCUAUCGGCGGCAGAAGGCGGUCCCGCAAAUACCCAGGUCCCAUGCCAUGGAGCGCUUUAAAGGUGGUGACCAACACCUUGAAGCGCACCCGGAAGACCACUGGAAGCCAAUGCAGCUCACGCAGGAGAGGUGUCACAUGGGAGCAGCCCCUCGCUCCCAUAAUCCCCCGUGGGGCCGCAUUCUGCACCAGUUGGAGCCUCCAGGUGCUCCUCAAGGGGAGUCCCAUGUAGAGAGCUUUGCAGUAGUCCAGGCGGGAAGUGAUGAGUGCCUGAGUGACUGUGCGUAGGGAGUCCCGAUCUAGAAAGGGACGCAACUGGCGAAUCAGGCAGACCUGAUAAAAAGCCCCCCUCCACGGCCGUCAAAUGCUCUUCUAAAGACAGCCGUGCAUCCAGGAGGACACCCAAGUUGCGAGCCCUAUCCGUGGGGGCCAAUAACUCACCCCCCAAUAGCCAGCGAUGGCACCAGCUGGCUAUAUUGGGACGCUGGAAGCCACAGCCACUCGGUCUUGGAAGGGUUGAGUCAAAGCCUGUUACUCCCCAUCCAGGUCCACACAGCCUCCAGGCACCGGGACAUCACUUCAAGGGCAUCGUUGGGAUGGCCUGGGGUGGAGAUGUACAGCUGACUAUCAUCAGCGUACUGAUGGAACUCCACCCCAAAGCCACGGAUGAUCUUGCCCAGCAGCUUCACAUAAAUGUUGAACAGAAGGGGCGAGAGGACCGACCCCUGCAGCACCCCACAAGCAAGGCGCUUCAGGGUCGACCUCUGCCCCCCUGCCAACACUGACUGCGACUGAUCGGAGAGAUAGGAGGAGAACGACCGCAAAACGGUGCCCCCCACUCCCAACCCCUCCAACCGGCACAGCAGGAUACCAUGGUCGAUGGUAUCAAAAGCCACUGAGAGAUCUAACAGGAUCAGGAUAGAGGAGCAACCUCUGUCCCGAGCCCUCCAGAGAUCAUCCACCAACGCAACCAAUGCCGUUUCCGUGCUGUGCCCAGGCCUGAAGCCGGACUGGAGCGGAUCCAGAUAGACAGCUUCAUCCAGGUACCCAGGAAGCUGUCGCACCACCACACUCUCAACAACCUUCGCCAGAAAGGGAAGGUUGGAGACCAGACGAUAGUUAGCCAAAACAGCCGGAUUCAGAGCAGGCUUCUUGAGGAGGGCCUCACCACCGCCUCUUUCAAGGUGGAUGGCAAGACACCCUCACUCAAGGAAGCGUUGAUAAUCCCCUGGAGCCAGCCUCACAUAACCUCCCAGGAGGCCAGCACCAACCAGGAGGGACACGGGUCCAAUAAACAUGUGGUCGCGUUCAGCCGCCCCAGUAUCCUGUCCACAUCCUCGGGGACGUGGUGUAGUUGUUUAUUACACCUAAGCCUAAUGAAUCUUUAUAAAACAACAAAUUCUAAAUUUUUUGUAAGCGUGUAUGUUUUAUGUUUCACCUGUGAAAAGGCAUAAAGCAUGCUAACUCAGAAAUUAGCUCUAUUAUAUUCAUUGGUUCAUAUUCCCAGAUAUAUGAGUUAUUGUCUAGCCGCACGGUAUGCUAGUGCCUCCGCCGUGAGAUGGGGGGAUGAAGCUGCCCCAUGCGGCCUCAAGGCCCUCACAGCUUGGACAGCUCAUGACCUUGUGGCCAUGGUACCAGCAUGCAGCUUGGGCUCCUGCUCUAUUGCGGCUGGGAGCAAACAGAAGAAGUGGGCCGGUGGCCAUGUGGGCUCCUGCUGCACAUGGCUGCUGGUGCUGCCACUGCGAGGCAGGUGUUGGGGCAUAGAUGGCCUGGCUGCAGGGGACCUGAGGUAUUUUUCAUUUUCAUUUUUUCAUUUUAUUUGAUUUAUAUACUGCCCUACUCCCGAAGGACUCAGGGCGGUGAACAGCCACAAGAUAAAACACAUAAAUACAAAAUUUAAAAGCAAAGUAAAACUGAAUUAAACAGUUUGGCCCUAGACAAAUUUAAAACACCCCAAUAAUUUAAAACAGAUUAAAAUUUACAUUUUAAAAAGGGAAAAAGGGAAAAGAUUAGGCCAGGCCAGCCUGAUGGAAUAAAAAGGUCUUAAGAGCGCAGCGGAAGGUGCGCAGAUCCGGGAUCCUCCGUAUCUCCGGGGGGAGCUCAUUCCAGAUAGUAGGUACCCCCACAGAGAAGGCCCUCCCCCUGGGGGCUGCCAGUCGACAUUGUUUGGCUGACGGCACCCGGAGGAGCCCCUCUCUAUGAGAGCGCACCGGCCGGUGGGAGGCUAUUGGUGGCAGCAGGCGGUCCCGUAGAUAACCAGGUCCUAAGCCACCUUUGGUUACCUAAAGGUGGUAACCAAAACCUUGAAGCGCACCCGGAAGACCACCAGGAGCCAGUGCAGCUCGCGCAGGAGAGGUGUUACAUGGGAACGCCAUGUCGCUCCCAUAACCACCCGCGCGGCCGCACUCUGCGCCAGUUGGAGCCUUCAGGUGCUCCUCAAGGGGAGCCCCAUGUAGAGAGCAUUGCAAUAGUCCAGGCGGGAAGUGACAAGGGCAUGAGUGACCAUGAGUAAGGAGUCCCGAUCCAGAAAUGGACGCAACUGGCGAAUCAGGCGAACCUGAUGAAAAAUCCUCCCGGUCACGGCCGUCAAAUGCUCUUCUAAAGACAGCCGUGAAUCCAGAAGGACGCCCAAGUUGCGAGCCCUCUCCGUGGGGGUCAACGAUUCGCCCCUAAUAGUCAGUGAUGGUGCCAACUGACUAUAUCGGGACAUCGGAAACCACAGCCACUCGGUCUUGGAUGGGUUGAACCUGAGCCUGUUCCUCCCCAUCCAGAUCCGCACAGCCUCCAGGCACCGGGACAUCACUUCAAGGGCAUCGUUGGGGUGGUCCGAUAAGCCAGUGCAGGGCACAUGGGACAGUUCCAUCACCCCACUUCACCUCGUGGCCAUGAAACCAAGAGCAACCAGACAGAAUGGUUGGGCGGGUGGCUGUGCAGGCUCUUAAGUAGGACUUAUUUUGGGGGGUAGGGCUUAGAUGCACAUGUAAAAACAUGCUAGGUCUUAUUUUCAGGAUAGGUCUUAUUUUGGGGGAAAUUGUACCUAUCUUGCAUUUUUUUCUGAUGAAAAAUUCUGGAGGCUGAAUAGCUUGCACAUCAUCUUGUAUUAUCUUCCUUGUAUGCUAUAAAAGUAUUACUUAACUAUGGAUUUGGAAUAUUUAUAUAAAUUGCUAUAAAUUAAUUUUUCUAGAACUGGAUAAUAUUAAACUUCACGCUUUCAGUGCAUAUGUUCAGUAAGGUACAUAAGGUUAAUGGGUGUUUGGUAAAAUAAAUUAAAACAGUAAAUAUUUUUAGCAGACUAUAACAAUGACAAUAUUGUUAUAUUGUCAAAUGCUUGUCUGUAACACUGCUGAAAUUCAAAGUUGGAAUCUGUAUAAUUCUAUGAUUUAUUAAAAUAAAUCUUUGCAUUUUUUGUAAGGUUUGAGCUAUCUGUAAUAAUUUUGUUGAAUGCAGUUAGAAUAAUUUGUGCUUUGUUUAAAAGUAAAGUACUCAGUUAAAAGGUGUCUUACUGUAUUGUAUUGUGCAAACUUCAACCUAGAUGGACUUGUGUGCCCAAAUAGUCCAAUAUUUCAAUUAUAUUUGAAAAAUGUCUUCCUUUAAUUUGUAAUAUUGGUCUUGUUUUAAGAAUGGGGAGACAUAGUGAUGAAUGGACACAAAUAAGAUGUGAUCCAAGUAUGAUUGUCCCAUUGAGGCAUCUUCUGCUUCCUAUCUUUGUGCUUAAAUAGAGGCAAGAGAAAGCUGUUUUGAAUCUCCAUUUCUUUGCAUGUGAAUGCUUAUGUCCUUAUGGUCAGAUCUACUAUGUGUUUGUGUUGAACAAACUUUGAAGGAUCUUCUAUUGAUAAUUGGACACAAUUAAUGAACAAUUAAUGCAUAUAACCAGUGGUGGGUUUCAAAUUUUUUUACUACCAGUUCUGUGGGUGUGGUUUGGUGGGCAUGGCAUGGCUUGGUGGGUGUGGCUUGGUGGGAGGGGAAGGGGAAGGAUACUAUAAAAAUCUCUAUUCCCUCCCCACUCCAGGGGAAGAUUACUGCAAAAUCCAUUUCCUCCCGAUCAUCUGGGACUUGGGAGGCAUUGAAUAGAUGGGGCUGGGGCCAGCCAGAGUUCGUAUUUACCAGUUCUCCAAACUACUCAAAAUUUCCGCUACCAGUUCUCCAGAACUGGUCAGAACUUGCUGAAACCCACCUCUGCAUAUAACCAUAUGGUGUUCCAUCAGUUGUGAUAUACCUCUUUGUCACAAGAUUGGAAGCAACCACAGAACAUAGAAUAAUAGAGUUGGAAGGUAGUUGGAGGUGUUCUAGUCCAACUGCCUGCUAAAGCAGGAGACCCUAUACCAUUUCAGACAAAUGGCUGUCUCUUUCUGAAAGCCUUAAGUGAUGGAGCACCCAUAUCUACAUUGAUCUACAACCAUCUACACCUUGUUUCCUCUUCUGCUAUGAGCUUUUGGAGAACCUUCUUUCGCUGCUCUACAAAUUUUGUAUGUAUUCUGUUCAAAUACUCUUCUGUCUUUCUUGGAUGAGGUGUCUGUUUACUAUAUAAUCUUGAGUGAUAGUUAACAAAUUGAUCCAUCACAUCUGUCAUUGUGAAGAUAUUCUUAGUUCUAUCCCAAAUAAAAAUAAUAUUUAUUUGUUCUUUACACUAUAA